GUCUCGAUUGCAAUCAAAACACUUAGAUAUUCGUAGAUUUGCACAAACGCUCGACUAGUAGUAAACAAACUUCGCUAUGGCUGCAGCCACGUCAACAGCCGCUAGGGGGAGUCCGUUUCACUUCUUCGCCCAUUGAUGUCGCUGAGUACGUCACGUAAACACGAUGGCAAGCGGCAGUGGAGAUCGAAAAUAUGAUCCAAACAAGUUCAGAAAGUAUACAUUCGACACCGAACCUAUCCCCCGAUUACACUGCUACCACCCCGAUACAGACCGGCUCAUAGCAAACGAGAGACCGGUUGUUAUCACAGACACGCACCUCGCCGACACCGCGCUGAAAUGGGAUCUAGAGUACCUCGCUAAACACCUAGGAAGCGGCCAACACACCGUCUACCGAUCGAAGACGCACAAAUUCAAGUAUUACGACGAAAAGAAGAUAAAAAAUCUUCCAUCGUUCACGCCACCCACGCAAGUCCUUCGUAUGACCUUCGCAGAGUUCUUAGACAAGCUGAGAAAUCCUGGGAAAGAUAGGUACUACCUACAGCAAGCUCUGAAUGACACUGUGGGGAAGCAGUUGGUGCUAGACUAUCUAGGCUUCAACUGGGACUAUGUAAACGAACAACAGAGGAAGUUCAAAUGGGGACCACUCACUUCCAAUUUACUGCUAGUAGGGAUGCCAGGUAACGUGACGCCGGCGCACUACGACGAGCAGCAGAACUUCUUCGCUCAGCUUCGCGGAUACAAGCGGGUUCUGCUCUUCCCACCCGAGCAGUUCGGCUGCCUCUACUCGCACCCCAUACACAGCCCCCACGACCGCCAGAGCCAGGUCGACUUCGACGCUCCUGACCUCGCGCGAUUCCCGCGCUUCCGCGAGGUCAGAGGUCACAAGGUCGUGCUGGGGCCGGGCGACGUGCUCUACAUACCGAUGUACUGGUGGCACCACGUGGAAUCCCUGGUGGACAGUGAAGUGACCGUAUCUGUGAACUUCUGGUACAAGGGAGGAACAGUGGACAAGAUUGAGUAUCCGCUCAGCAUCCAACAGAAGGUGGCGAUCAUGCGCAACAUAGAGAAGAUGCUGCUGGAAGCUUUGCACGACCCGGACCAGAUGGCGCCACUGCUGUGCGACAUUGUCAAGGGUCGCUACGACCUCUGAUGUGGUCACGUGAUGUGGUCACGUGAUUACACGUAUCGUGUAGUUGAUUGUACGAGAUUUUAAGUGCGAGCAUUCGUCAUCUCUCGCCGCAGUGCGCGCCGAGUUUCCGCAGAAUGCUCGGAUGUUUCUUAGGUAAUUUACCUUGAUUUUAGGAAAGCAGUUGGAUUCACAAAGACACGUUUAGCCCGGUUUGGGUCAAAAGCGCAGUUUUCUCUUCACAGGUCACGAAGCAGUGUCUAGACUCAGUUAAAUAUAGAUGAUCAGGGAUUAAUUGGUUUUAUUCUCGCGAGAAAAGGAGAUUUUUUUAGUUCGCGUCAGACUAUUAAAUUAUAUAUACUUAUUAUCACGAGUGAUUUUUCGUUUGGUAGUAAUUGCAAAAUGCGACAGAUUUCUUCACCCACGCUUUUGAUUACCAUUUCACUGUUUAGGGUGCUGUUUGCAUUAUUAUAUAUUAGGUUGUUUUUUUAUUAUAAACAGAUAUUUUUUUGGUUGAUAGUGAGUGUAGCGAGACACUGCAGACAUUCAGUGAGGGGUUUCAAACAAAAUAUCUUCAACAUGUUAGCGUGAGCUUCGUCGGAGGUCGUUGAAGGACGCCGUAGCUAAUUACCUCGCUAUGUAAAUACACUGGAGUGUAAAUGUUCUUGUCUUUUACGUCACGUUCAGGGUAACGUAAGUAACUGCCUAGCAGAAAUAGUUGUAGAGUUGCAGAAUUUGCCUAGCAGAAGCUGAUGUCCACACACAGAGUGCUUCCACUAUGUGCCACUAGGGGGCAUCUGCUCACCUCUAAUGCUGCUUCCAAGGUCAUGUGAAGGUUUGCAGUGUCGAACGAAGAAUGACGUGCACUGAUUUACGAAUAACAAGACGAGUGACGAUACAUCCGUUAAUUAAUUGAUGCGAUGUUGUUCUGUCUCUGUGUCAUUGCAUGUGAGGUACGGUGGCUCUAUGCAAGAAUAGAGCUGGGUUACAUGUCUACACGUGCGUGCGUGCGUGCGUGCUGUGAAACUGUGUGCGCGUGUGCGUCCGUGUGUUCACGUAAGUCUAUCCACAUUCUGUCGUUUGUUUGUAGGACAUCUUAUCCUGUCGUUGUUUGUUUCUCUUUCGUCUCAGUCCGAUUGUACACGUACAAAUUGGUAGCGAUUCUAGAUUGUAACUGUCGGAAUGAAAAGUCUGUCUAUAGCCGAGGGAUGCAUUAUUUUUGUAUCGAUUGCAAUGCAAAGGCGACACGUACAUGCGAACCACCGAGUCACUGCCAUCUUUCACUUAUAAUAAUUUCAUUUAUAAUUUAUUGAUCAGGUUGAUGUUGGAGAUGAGGUAUCAUCGUUGUUAUUGUUGUUGUUGUUGUUGUAGAGACGACACCAUUGGUGUUGAUGCGUAAGUUUUGCGUAAGACGCUCAUUUAUAACUGCGAUUCAUUGAUAUACGUUUAAUCGAUUGAAGUGGUUUAAUUACGCACGUCCAAAAAGAUGGUUGACGAGUAAAGUUGGGGAUGUAUUACA